AUGAAUAAAUCAAGCCUAGGGGUUACCAAGAAAAAGAAGUCUAGCCUGAAAAGGCUAACUGGGGUGCUAAAGGACCUUUUAGUGAAGGAGUCAUCGUCAAAAUCUGAAGAAGAUCAAGAUCACAAGACAUCACCAAAAACAAGGAAAGAUGGCGUAGUGUACAUCCUGUCGAAGGAAAACCGUUUAAUACCGAAACUCUCAGAUGAAGAGAUUAUGGAACGUCACAGAAAGGCGGACGAAAACAUGAAACGUGUGUGGUCGGAGAUUAUCGCUAAAUAUGAGAACAUCGAGGAUCAAGGCGACACAAUUGAUCUACGAACAGGUGAAAUUAUACAAGACAAUGGCCACCUUCGUAACCUAAACCAAAAUGAUAGAUCGAGUAAGAUAUCUCCAGAUACAGCUGUAGUUUACAAAAGUGUUUUGCGUGAUAUCUUGGACAUCGACGAUGAUCAGACGCUAAACACGUCUAUAUGGAAUGAAGAGGAGGAUACAAAUCAAGAUUCCAAGCUCAUCAAAGAAACAGAGGUUGAGGAAGAAGAGUUCUUGGAGGAACCGGAUUCUGACAACGACUACACUAGCGAGUCGUACAACAACAUCGCUAGAGAAAAAUGA